AUAAAAUCUCGAUUGUCAUGUUUUACAGCAAAUUCGUCUUUGUCGUUUUCUCAGCAAAGUAAAACUCUAUUCAUUUACAAGGAACUUAAAUUUAAAGAGGGUGACAAAAUGUUGAUUAAAGUCAGCAUUUGUUUUAUUCUGUUUAGUUGUAUGGUGUUAAAUGGUAAGGCUGAUACAGGCCACCACGAUCCAGUUGAUCUUAAAUGUUUGUUUUCCUGUAGAGGUACUGGAGUGGACCUAGUAUGUGGAACAGAUGGACGAACUUACAGUAUGAUAUUGAAAGGUAAAACUGAUACGGAUCAUCCAGACCCAGUCGAUCCUGAAUGUUUGUUUGGCUGCACUGGUCUUUGGGAACCAGUUUGUGGAACAGACGGGCAGACUUACAGUAAUUGGUGCUUGCUUAUGAACGAAAAAUGUCGAAAUGAAUCAUUGCGGGUAGCAUACAAUGGACCAUGUGUUUAAAAU